GCGGAAGCUCCCGCCCUCGGCGGCGGCGGCGGUGGCACACCUGGGCGCAGCGCGAGCUGGGCGCCGCCUCCGGGACGCAGGUGGAGCGGGCAGGGCGCGGGCACCAUGAGCAGCAGCGCCAACAUCACCUAUGCCAGUCGCAAGCGGCGCAAGCCGGUGCAAAAAACAGUAAAGCCAGUCCCCGCUGAAGGAAUCAAGUCAAAUCCUUCUAAGCGACACAGAGACCGGCUGAACACAGAGUUGGACCGGCUGGCCAGCCUGCUGCCUUUCCCACAAGAUGUUAUUAAUAAGUUGGACAAACUUUCAGUUCUGAGGCUCAGCGUCAGCUACCUGAGAGCCAAGAGCUUCUUCGAUGUUGCAUUAAAAUCCUCCUCUGCUGACAGGAAUGGAAGCCAGGAUCAGUGCAGAGCACAAUUCAGAGAUGGGCUGGACUUGCACGAAGGAGAGUUCUUAUUACAGGCACUGAACGGCUUUGUACUGGUUGUCACAGCAGAUGCCUUGGUCUUUUAUGCCUCCUCUACUAUCCAAGAUUAUCUGGGCUUUCAGCAAUCUGACGUCAUACAUCAGAGUGUCUAUGAGCUCAUCCAUACAGAGGACCGAGCUGAGUUCCAGCGCCAGCUGCACUGGGCUCUGAACCCCUCACAAUGCUCAGACUCUGCACAAGGAGUGGAUGAAGCCCAUGGCCUCCCACAUCCAGCAGUCUAUUAUAACUCGGACCAGCUCCCUCCAGAGAACACUUCCUUCAUGGAGCGGUGCUUCAGAUGCCGGCUGAGAUGUCUGCUGGAUAAUUCAUCUGGUUUUCUGGCAAUGAAUUUCCAAGGGAGGCUAAAGUAUCUUCAUGGACAGAACAAGAAAGGGAAGGAUGGAACCCUGCUCCCUCCACAGCUCGCUUUGUUUGCAAUAGCUACUCCUCUUCAGCCACCGUCCAUACUGGAAAUUCGAACCAAAAACUUCAUCUUCAGGACCAAGCACAAACUAGACUUCACACCUACUGGUUGUGAUGCCAAGGGGCAGCUGAUUCUGGGCUACACAGAGGUGGAGCUGUGCACAAAGGGAUCGGGAUAUCAGUUUAUCCAUGCUGCUGAUAUGCUCCACUGCGCAGAGUCCCACAUCCGCAUGAUUAAGACUGGAGAAAGUGGCAUGACAGUUUUCAGGCUUCUUGCAAAGCACAGUCGAUGGAGGUGGGUCCAGUCCAACGCACGCUUGAUUUACAGAAAUGGAAGACCAGAUUACAUCAUCGCGACUCAGAGACCACUAACGGAUGAAGAAGGAAGAGAGCAUUUACAGAAGCGAAGUAUGACGCUGCCGUUCAUGUUUGCUACGGGAGAGGCCGUACUGUACGAGAUCUCCAACCCUUUCCCUCCCAUAAUGGACCCCUUACCAAUACGCACCAAAAGCAGCACGAGUGGAAAAGAGUGGGCUUCCCAGUCAAACCUAAGUAAGGAUUCUCCCCACCCCGCUUCUCUUAUGAAUGCCAUAAACCAACAGGAUGAGUCCAUCUAUCUCUGUCCUGCCUCAACUACGGUGCCUUUAGACAGCCAUUUCCUCAUGGACCCUGUGAGUGAGUGCAGUAUUUGGCAAGACGACUUUGUACCGAUAGGAAGUGAAGCGGUGCUGAAACAUGAGCAAACUGCGCAUGCUCAGGGCAUGAACCCUGCAGUCUCCGGAGGCCCCUCGGAGCUCUUGCCCGAUAGUAAAAAUAAUGACUUGUACAGCAUCAUGAGAAACCUCGGGAUUGAUUUUGAAGAUAUCAGACGAAUGCAGACCGAGGAAUUCUUCAGAACCGACUUCUCUGGUGAGGUUGAUUUCAGAGACAUCGACAUAACGGACGAAAUCCUGACAUAUGUGCAGGAUUCUCUGAACAAAUCGACCUUGCAGAAUUCAAGUAACCACCAACAGCCUGUGACUCAGCAGCUAAGCUGCAUGCUGCAGGAACGCCUGCAGCUAGAGCAACAGCAGCAGCUGCAGCAGCACCCAACCCAGGCAAUGGAGGCCCAGCAACAGCUGUGCCACGUAGGACCCCAGCAUCAGCUGUGUCAGGUGGAGUCUCCCCAACAAGGUCUGGGUCAGAAAAUGAAGCACAUGCAUGUCAAUGGCAUGUUUGCAAGCUGGAACCCUACCCCUCCCGUGUCUUUCAGCUGCCCUCAGCAGGAACUAAAGCACUAUAAUGUCUUUUCAAGCAUACAGGGCGCUGCUCAGGAAUUCCCCUACAAACCUGAGGUGGACAGUAUGCCUUACACACAGAACUUUGCUCCCUGUGAUCAGCCCGUGCUACCACAACAUUCCAAGUGUGCCCAGUUGGACUUUCCUGGAAGGGAUUUUGAACAGUCCCUGCACCCUGAUACUUCUAAUUUAGAUGAUUUUGUCAGUUAUUUACAAGUUCCUGAGAACCAAAGACAUGGGAUAAAUUCACAGUCGGCUGUGGACACUCCUCAGGGAUACUAUGCUGGGGCCAUGUCCAUGUAUCAGUACCAGCCAGGGCCUCAGCACAUGCGUGUGGACCAGGUGCAGUACAGCCCCGCAAUCCCAGGCUCCCAGGCAUUUCUGAGCAAGUUUCAGAAUCAGGGUGCUUUGAAUCAAACCUAUUCGUCUGAACUAAGCAGCGUUGGCCACACACAGACUGGUGCUCAUCAUCAUCAUCUGACAGAAGCCAGACCGCUUCCUGACAUCACACCCAGGGAAUUCCUAUAGCUUCAAUCCCAGGAUCAAAUUCAUUCCGGAACAGGACCCUGGAGCUGUCAGUGUUGGGCAUCAGCACUCUUUUUUCCAAAACAGAUUUUAAUCUUUGUGUGUAGAGAAGGAGUUUUUAAAAUAUAUUAUCAGUUACCUGUAAGACGGGAAGCUCCGUGGGAGCAUAGGAGGAGGCCACACACGUUCACGUAGC